UUUGCCUUACCCGAACGUUUCAAAACGUCACGAUGUACGGUUUGAAAAAUCAGAACUUUCAAUGAAUGUGUCUUAUCCUAAAAUAUUGUGAAUCUCUAAGUAGAUAUAUUCUGCGAAUACAUUGCGACAUUUUUUUUAGCAAACAAUAAGAAUAUGAUCUUACUUUUUCAUCGUUCAAGUACUUGUCGUAGUUGUGUCAAACGAUUCGUGUGGAAUUAAUAUGUUAUUUGCUAUACCAACGAUUUAUGAAACUUUAUCAACCCCGUUAAUUUGCAUUUGGCAAUACGGGGACUUGUAUGUAAGAGCUGCAUAAUUAUAUUAAAUAAUGAGAAUCAACGCAACGAAAAUGAGUACUCCGAUCGAGGAGAAGAUUGAUCAGAAGCUGAAGGUAAGGACAGGAAUGGUGAGUGUUAGUGAUGGGAAAAGUAAACCAGUACCAAUGCGUUUACAUCUGUCUAUGGAAGUUUUAAAACUUCAAAGAGAAGAUUUAGAGCAGGCAGCAAAUCAUAAUAAGCCACCAUUAAAUGCUAAAGAAAGAAUGGUGCAAAUAACUAGACAAAAAGUUGGAGGAUUGGGAUUAAGUAUAAAGGGAGGAGCAGAGCAUAAACUUCCUGUACUUAUAUCUAGAAUUUACAAAGGCCAAGCAGCUGAUCAAUGUGGACAACUGUUUGUAGGAGAUGCAAUUAUUAAAGUAAAUGGAGAAUACAUAACUGCAUGUAAUCAUGAUGAUGCUGUUAACAUUUUGAGAAAUGCUGGUGAUAUAGUUGUUUUAACAGUGAAACAUUAUCGUUCAGCAAAGCCAUUUCUACAACAAAAUGAAAAAGAGGAGAAAUUAGAUAAUGUUGCCAAUGGUAGUUCAGAAGAUGAAUGGUUGUCACCUAAUAGACAAGGUGGUAGUCCUAGAUGUGGUCAUAGUCGACAAAGUUCAAAUGCAUCUGCCACUUCAGUGCAAUAUAGGAAAUGGGUAGAUGUUAUAACAGUUCCAUUGAUGAUGGCUUAUGUGACAAGAUAUAUCUUUGGAACAGAUAAGCUAAGAAGAAAUGCAUUUGAAGUAAGAGGACUAAAUGGUGCACGAACGGGUGUCAUACACUGUGAUGAUAGUGCGAUUCUGAGUCAAUGGUUAAAAUAUAUUACUGAUAAUAUUACAGGUUUAACACAUUUACAGAUGAAAUUAUAUAACCGCAAUUUCGGAGUCGGUGAACGCAUAGAAUACAUGGGAUGGGUUAAUGAAGCAGUAAGUAAUAGUAAUCAGCCAUGGCAAAGUUAUAGACCGAGGUUUUUAGCGUUAAAAGGACCUGAUUUGUUAUUAUUUGAAACACCUCCUUGCAAUAUAGGAGAUUGGUCACGAUGUGCACUAACUUUUAAAGUAUAUCAAACAAUGUUUCGUGUAAUGCGAGAAUCCGAAAAUGUAGAUGAAAGACAACACUGCUUUUUAGCGCAAAGUCCGGGUAAGCCUCCACGAUAUCUAAGUGUCGAAACUAGGCAGGAACUUUUAAGAGUUGAAGCAGCAUGGCAUACUGCAGUGUGUUCAGCUGUUACACAUUUGAAAAGUAAAACAUUUCCAGUCACUUUUAAUGGUAGAAGUGCAGGUUUAACUUUAGAAUGGACUCAAGGUUUUACACUUUCUUAUGAAGACAUUGGUGAGACUGUAUGGCGUUAUAAAUUUUCACAAUUAAGAGGAUCUAGCGAUGAUGGGAAAAGUAGACUGAAAUUACACUUUCAAGAAUCAGAUAGUAUUGCUAUUGAAACAAAGGAAUUGGAAUGUUCUCAAGUACAGAAUUUAUUAUUCUGUAUGCAUGCAUUUUUAACUGCAAAGGUUGCUGCAGUUGAUCCAACAUUUUUAACAUCGACAACUCCGUAAGGUCGAAGUAUUCGCUAUAAAGUGUCAACUUGUGUAUCAAUAUGGCGGCGAAUCUCGAGGAAGAGCAAAGUUUAAGAGAGUGCG